CCUUUUCUCUCAAAGAUUGCACCAAGAAAAACAGAGAGAGAGAGAGAGAGAGAGAGAGAGAGAGGGCCGCCAUUGGCGUUCUUGGUUCCAAGCUCGAGGUUGAGAGAUGGGAAUGGCAGCGGCGGAGGAGUAGCGGUGAAGUGGGAGAGGAACAACGAGAGAGAGGAGGUCAUGAAAGGUCACGCCGGCGUGGCGCCGCAGUGGAAGCGGAGAUGGCGAGGACCCUCGCUCUUGGUUCCUGCCCUUGUCGUCUUCUCGCUUCUCCUCCCCCUUGCGUUCCUCUUUGGACUUCUCAAUCACUUUCCUUACGGGUAUUUGGGCGAUGAACGGCCGCCUCCGGAGGAAUAUGAAUUUGGGGGUCAUGGGCAUCGUUUGGAUGGCAGCCUUAAAUUGGUCCAGGGUGAGCACUCAAAGGUUCCUAAUCUUGUUAAAAAGCUCGACCCGGAUUUAGCAAAGGAUGGUGCUGAAAGCAUUAUCAACCCUCGCAAUAAGGUCUUCUACACAAAAAUUGAUGAGGAUCCUGUAGAUAGUAGAACGCAGUUCAACCUGCAAGCAAACGGAAAUGUUGCCAACUCCCAUUCUGAUAUAAGUUUCAACCCCUACAGUGGUCAAGAAGAAAAACCUCCUCCCUUAGACGGUCUAUCCCCACCACAAUUAGCUUCACCAAAGCCACGUCCAGCUCCAAAUGCAACGAAUGCUCCUGAACCCAAAAGAGAUGGCUUUGUAAAAAAUUUCAGUGGUGAUGCUAAUGGUAAAUCUUGUCAGCUUGAGUUUGGGAGUUACUGCCUUUGGUCCUUGGAGCAUAAAGAAGUAAUGGUGGAUUCUUUAGUGAAGAGACUUAAAGAUCAAGUUUUUGUGGCCAGAGCAUACUACCCAAGCAUUGCUAAGCUUCCUGGUCAAGAUAAUCUGUCCCGUGAGCUGAAGCUGAAUAUUCAAGAACAUGAGCGCAUGCUUAGUGAUGCAAUUGUUGAUGCCGAUUUACCACUGUUUGUUGAAAAGAAGAUGAGGAAGAUGGAUCUGUCUAUUGCAAAAGCUAAAUCAUUUGCUGUGGAUUGCAAUAAUGUUGACAAAAAACUGAGACAGAUACUUGACCUAACUGAGGAUGAAACUCAUUUUCAUAUGAAGCAGAGUGCUUUCAUGUAUCACCUUGGUGUUCAGACUAUGCCCAAAAGUCAUCACUGUUUGUCGAUGAGAUUGACUGUUGAAUAUUUCAGAUCUCCCCCCAUUGAUAUCAAGCAGACAUAUGCUCACAAACUAGACAAUCCCUUGUUGAGGCAUCAUAUUAUAUUUUCCACAAACAUUCUUGCUGCAUCUGUUGCUAUCAACUCAACUGUGAUGAAUUCUGAGGAAACUGGGAAUUUGGUUUUUCAUCUGCUGACAGAUGUGCAGAAUUACUUUGCUAUGAAACUCUGGUUUGCCAGAAAUUCUUACAAGGAAGCUACUAUUCAUGUUCUUAACUUUGAUAAACUUCUAACUGACUCCUCUUAUGGUUAUGGUUCUUCAUUAUCACCAUCUGAGGAAUAUCGUGUUUCCAUUCGUUCUAAUGAACAACCACUCCCUGUGCAAAUCAGAACCGCGUACUUAUCAGUAUUUGGUGGUUCACACUUUCUUCUUCCUCAAAUAUUCAAACAUCUUAACAAGGUGUUAAUUUUGGAUGAUGAUGUUGUUGUUCAACGGGACUUGUCAUUUUUAUGGAAACUUGAUUUGGAAGGGAAAGUGAACGGCGCCAUGGAGUUUUGUGGGGUGAGAUUAGAUCAGCUGAAAUCUUAUUUGGGAUCUACUGCAUAUAAUGGGAAUGGUUGUGCCUGGAUGUCUGGACUGAAUAUUGUUGAUUUGAAUGUGUGGAGGGAGCAAAAAGUGAGCGACACCUAUGAGCACCUGCUUCGAAAGGUGCAGAACAGGAAUGAAGUAUCAGCCAAGGCUGCUGCACUGCCGAUAACGCUGAUUGCAUUUCAAGAGCUUAUAUAUGCUCUAGAUGAUUCAACUGUUCUCUCCGGACUUGGUCAUAGCUACGGGGUUAGCACAGAUGCUUUAAGGAAUGCCCCCGUAUUGCAUUACAACGGCAACAUGAAACCUUGGCUUGAACUCGGUAUACCAAGCUACAAGAAGUUCUGGAGGAAGUAUCUUACAAAAGAACAAUUCAUGGAUGAAUGCAAUGUGAGUGUAUAAUUGCACAUGGUUUCACAGACAUGGAUUCCGAGCAAUGGGCAACCAGGUAUUGUGGCGGAUGUAAAUCAAUACUCUGACUCAAGUACUGGACAUGAUCAAGCAACCAAAUAAGGUGGCAGACAUGAGCCAACAUGAAUGAAGACUGAAAACCAUCAUCCUGGUUUUUGUCAGAGAAAAAGUACAGAGCAAUUGUUAAUGUGGCAAGAGUGAUUCACACAACAAGGAACAAGAGACUUGAUUCUGCAAAUCAUGUUUGAAGUCAUUCUGAUGGCUUUUAGUUGGUGAUGCAUUCAUUAUUUCAUAUAGUUUGAUGAUUGUUUGGCCCAGCACCUCAAAUUGGGUAGGUGUUUCCAUUCUCUUGCACACAAUUAAUUGUAGAUUGUUAUCCUUACUCAUAUUUGUUGUUUUUUUUUUCUUUUUAAUUUUCUGUUACCAAACCAAUUCUUUGUUGUCAACUGCUUCACAUGGAAUGAAAUUAUGUGUGCCCAUAGUUGGCUUAACAAUUGAAUC